AUGAGCCGCUUUUGUCACUACGCUAUCCUUGCAAGUCUCCUGGCCGUGUCUACAUGCACCGUGGGUCUCCCUAUGCCCGCCACCGACAGAUACUACAUUCGACGGAAACCGGAGCACCUCUUUGACACUGUGGUCGUGGACGAGGCGGUAGAGCUAUGCAAACAGGAGCUCUCCAAGGACUACCUGACGGGAAGCGGCUCGGGAAAAGACAAACCCUGGAAGUGGCAGCAAACGGAGAGCGGUGACGCCUACUUUAUUCUCAAGUCGGACCUGAAAGACCUCAGCGUGGGC